GCAACGCAAUCUGACUCUUUCUCUGACUUCCUGAUAGCUUGGAAAAGAUAGCGGGCGAGCGGUCGAAAGAAUUACUUAUGUAUUGGCAUAAACGCACUUCAUAGUAUUCCACGAACGUGCCUUGUUGGAGUUUGUAAAGUCUCUAAUUAGAAGGAAAACAUGAUCCGCUUCAUUCUGAUCCAGAACCGAGCCGGCAAGACGCGACUCGCCAAAUGGUACAUGCAGUUUGACGACGAUGAGAAGCAGAAGUUGAUCGAGGAGGUGCACGCAGUGGUGACCGUCAGAGAUGCCAAGCACACCAACUUUGUGGAGUUCCGUAACUUCAAAAUCAUCUACCGACGCUAUGCUGGACUCUACUUCUGCAUUUGUGUUGACGUGACUGAUAACAACCUGGCGUAUCUGGAGGGAAUCCACAACUUUGUGGAGGUGCUCAACGAGUACUUUCACAACGUGUGCGAACUGGACCUCGUCUUCAACUUCUACAAGGUGUACACGGUGGUGGACGAGAUGUUCCUCGCCGGCGAGAUCAGGGAAACCAGUCAGACUAAAGUCCUCAAGCAGCUCCUCAUGUUACAGUCGCUGGAAUAGACAACAAAUACCUUCCUCGCUUCUCUCCUGUGGAUGAAGGGGAGUUGCUACACCUUGAAAUUCAUAGUGAUAUACAUUUUGGUGGUCUCGCACAAGCUCGUAACCCCCCUAAUAUGAAAUUUAAAUUCGGGGAGUGAGUCAUCUUUUCCGUCACAUCCAAUUAGCCCAAUUAACCUUAAUCUCACAGCACUACAGUCACGAACAAGCGCCAUCAGAAUUGAUGCAUCCAGCACUUAAAAGCAAUUUUUAAAACAUGUCAUAUCAUACUCAGGAUUGGCAUUUUACACAUGGCUCACUAUUAAGUUGAAUUGGAAGGCGCUUCGGAGUGGAUCGAAUAAGUGCGCUCCAGGCGAGUGCGCAAAGACAACCUGACUUUUCUCAAGAUGGCAUUUCAAAUCAUAUAGUCUACAAAUCAGUCGACGCGGUGGUGCUUGUUUGUCGUACGUUUCAUGAAGCAGUACUGUGAUGUUUGCGUAGUAUGCUUUGUGCACAUGUGUACUUGUGUCUUAUAUUAAUCAUGUGGAUAAGAAAAUGAAGCAUUCAUUCCAGAGCGCGCUACAUGUGCUUCAAACAGUAUUUAGUCGUUUGAUAAAUGCCAGUGACUUAAUGGCUUCAAAUAAAAGAUGAAAUAAGAAAAUGUACUGCUACCCUUUUGUUUACAUCAAAGUAUGUUGAUGGAAUUGUUUUUUUUCUUUUCCCAUUAUUGUCUCCCAGUUUAAAUACAUGUCCCAUUAUGUGUAAAUAAAAAGAUGUAUGAGAACAA